UUUACAUCUCAAUGUCAUAAUUAUGUCAAAUUGGUGUUGCAUAAGCUUGUGUUGUUUCUAGUUUUGGAGAAAAUUGACUCUAUUAAAUGGGAAGAUGAGGUGGUAGGAGCAUUACUUUUCUGCACUAAAUGUUCCUUAGUGUUCAUGCUGUUGUUCCUUGAGGUGGCAAUCAUACUUUGCACUCAGCAUUUUUGAGUUUCUAAGAUUUUAAAGUAAUCGACAUUAAUGUACUUACAAUUUUGUGUCACCCUUAUAGUUGAGGAUGACUGAUAAAUACCCAUAAAUAGCCACUUAAAUUGCAACUGCCUUUUAUUAGAUUUCAAUUAAUUUUUGUUAGGAAAACCAUAUAUCUUUUCUUCUUGAAAUGUUAUGUUGUAAACUGAAUGGACCACAUUUAUGGAAGCCAAAAUUUUAAUUUUUAAUAGUAUCAAGCUUUCCAUUUCUCAAUACAGGAGAGGAAGCCAUGGAAGUGAAGUAGAUAAUAAUUGAAUAUUACAAUAUUCAUUAGAAGUAAAUAUGCUGAUAUUCAACAUCAUAUCAGAGCAUUGGUAAUGGUGAUAAAGUUUGCGUGUAUGCUCAUUUUAAAGAUGUACAUAUUAUUUUCUUAAUUGCAAAUGUUAUUUCCAUUCAAAAUAGAAUAAAGGAAAAAAAUUCCUCACUUCCUCACCCCCCUCAUUUCUUUUUUCCUUUUCUUCUUCUUUUCUUUCUUAAUUUAUGGAUAACAUGUGUAUUCGGACUUUUGGCCCAACUAAUCCCAUGGGUACCUCCGUACCUGCUAAGUACCUUGUCAACAGGUCCUUGGUGAGGCUCCACAUUCAAUGGUGGUGGUUGUGGCCCAUUGUAAUUGUUUGCACUCAAAUGAUGUUGGAGGAUUCAAACUUGUGUUUUCAAUAUGGUUUACAUCACACCUUACCACUUGAUCAUAACCUACUGAAAGAAAAAAUCCAUACAUCUUUUCUUCAUGGGACUCCUGUUUUCCAGUCCAAGAGCUUGAUACUGAGAAGUGGAAACAAAAGCUAUCAACCAUUUUUCUUUAGAAAGAGAAAACUAGAGAAGGCUUCUCGCCAGAAGCACCAGUUAAAUCCUUCCUUCAGAAAACAUGAUGAUAAUGAGGCUGGUAUUUUUGUGAAAUUGUUGAGGAGAUGAAGGAUUGUGAUACUUCAACAUGGGAUAAUGUUGUAUUCAACUAUUCAUUCCUCCUGGUUAUGAUGCUUUGCCUUCAACUGAUCCAAGCUGGCUAUCAGAAACUGCAUGAAUAGGUGUUUUUUUUUUAGCAGUCAGGGUGUUCCUCUUUCUUCUAGUCAAAGAGUGCAACAUGAAGCGUCCAAUGUGACGGUCCAGCAAUUAAGAAAUUAGUGAAUCUCAGAGGGAAACAAUAAUGCAAGGCGAGGCCCCAUCCACCGGCACCGCCAUGCCUGCACUUGCUUCUUUCUGUACUAAAAUUAUAUCUAUUUGUAUCCAUGCACUUCAACUUCACCAACUCCUUGCCCCUACGACUCACACUCAUUCUAAAUUUCCUCGUGGGAAUCUCCGUUAAUAUAUUAAUGUCUGCGCCCUUAGAUUAGAUCAGGGAAAAUAUUAUAUUUAUAGUGUCAAAAAAAAUUUAUAAUUUAUAA